UCGUGGCUAAGCCAGUCGCUCGUUCGCCGCUCACCUAAACGGCUUUCACCUGGCCGAUUACGAGAAGAUUCUUGGCCCCGUCGAUCGAGAACGAUUUUUGCUGUUCACGUCCGCCGUCCACCGUGCGUAUGCACACGAAAAUCCCGGGUUUACGUGGCCGGUGAUCGGUGAUCGACCCGAACAUCGGCAUCGUGUCCGGAUGGUGACUCGUGUCGCCUCGAAGGAAAUCGUGUCGCCUUGAAGGAAACCGUGUUUCCAUGCGAGGAGCACCAGGUGACCAAGGAUUCGCGAGCGGAACCAGCUUCCCGAAAACGCUGCUCAUCGGUGCAGGAAGUGUGUCUUUGACUUCUGUGACGUGUGUCUCGACGUCUCGUCGGUAGCUAGUGGAGGAUCCGCUUCCGUCCAGCAGCCCGAUUGACAGGAUGUCAAAAAAUCAGCAACAAAAUGGAAUGAUACCAGGCGGUGGAGCGGACGAUUUUUCAGACGGCGAGAGCACCCCACUGACUCAGGACUAUGGCGACAGUCAGAGGACUGUCGUGGAAACGAAAGGAUGGGACGUGUUCCGGAAUCCACCGCCGAAAAUCGAUUCCGGCUCGAUGGCGAAUCAAAGAUGCCUCGAGAUGACGGUACAGAUCACGAAAGUCGUUGUAUACUUCUUAGUUUUUGUGAUAGUGUUAGGAAGCAGUGCAGUUGCAAAAGGAACAAUUUUAUUCAUGACGUCGCAGCUCAGAUCCAAUCGCUCGAUUGAUUAUUGCAAUAGGCAGUUAGGUCGGGAGAAACAAUUUAUAGCAACGCUGCCAGAAGAAGAGAGGAUAGCGUGGAUCUGGUGCAUCAUAAUCGCGUUCGCCGUGCCAGAGUUCGGCACGUUGAUCCGCAGCAUUCGAAUAUGCAUCUUCAAGUCGUGGAAGAAACCACCGCCUUCUCAUUUCCUUAUCGUUUUCCUCAUGGAGACCUUUCACGUGGUCGGGCUGGCACUAAUGUUUAUGGCAGUGCUUCCUGAUUUGGAUGUCGUCAAAGGUGCGAUGCUGACGAACUGCGUGUGCUUCGUACCUGGACUGCUAGGGCUACUGUCUCGGAAUAAAAACAAAGACGAGUCGAAAAGAUUUGUGUUGGUGCUGAUCGAUAUUGCCGCGCUCGCAGCCCAAGGAACAAGUUUCUUCCUCUGGCCGUUAUUGGAUAGCUCGCGACCAUCUCUAUGGCUGAUACCACCGGCGCUGUUCCUGGUCUCCUGCGGAUGGUGGGAAAAUUACAUUUCCAUGCAGAGUCCAAUCGGGUUCGUUCGGUCGCUGGGAAGAGUGAAGAAGGAAUUGAAACUGACACGAUACUUCACCUACAUGUUCAUAUCCGUUUGGAAGAUCGUGGCUUUCUUUAUCAGCACGCUGCUAAUACUUUACAUGAAAGGUGAUACCGUCGGACACUUGUUCACGAUGUUAAGCAGCGCCUUCGGGAGCCAUCAGAUUACUGUGUCGCAAGUGCGAUUCGACACGUCCAGUAGGAUCACUGAUAUUGCGGACGUGUUGGAAACCGGCGAGAAAAUACUGCGACCGGCGGACACGAUCACUCCAAUUUACGUUCUGCUAUUGCAAAUAUUUGGCGCUUACUUCGCAUACAUUUUUGGAAAAUUCGCCUGCAAAAUUCUGAUCCAGGGAUUCAGUUAUGCGUUCCCUGUGAAUCUGACGAUACCGGUGUCGAUCUCGUUAUUGAUCGCCGCCUGCGGUUUACGAAACGGCGAUCCCUGCUUCUUCCACGGCACAAUUCCGGAUUAUCUGUUCUACGAGUCGCCGCCCUUGUACUUCCUCAAUGAUUUCGUGUCGAAACAAUACGCCUGGGUAUGGCUGCUGUGGCUGCUGUCACAAACAUGGAUCACUCUACACGUAUGGACACCGAAGUGCGAACGUCUGGCUGCCACGGAGAAGCUAUUCGUGGUGCCUAUGUACGAUUCCCUGCUGAUCGAUCAGUCGAUGGGUCUGAAUAGGAAACGAGACGAUCAACCGGAAGUGAAAGUCGAGGAUCUCGCGGAGAUAGAGAAGGAAAAGGGAGAUGGAGAUUACGAAACCAUAUACGAGCGUACUGACGGCUCAACUACACCCCCGUCGGCCGUAAAAAGCAGCGAUCACGUAACUAGGAUCUAUGCCUGCGCGACGAUGUGGCACGAGAACAAAGAGGAAAUGAUGGAGUUCUUAAAGAGUAUUCUGCGCCUGGACGAGGAUCAAUGCGCGCGGCGUGUCACCCAAAAAUAUUUGAAGGUUGUCGACCCGGAUUACUACGAAUUCGAAACGCAUAUAUUUUUCGACGAUGCGUUCGAGCUGUCGGACCACAACGAGGACGAGUUGCAGGUGAACAGAUUCGUGAAAUUGUUGGUGGGCACCUUGGACGAGGCCGCGUCGGAUGUUCAUCAAACGAGAAUGCACGUCAGAGCCGCGAAGAAGUAUCCGACUCCUUAUGGUGGAAGACUGGUAUGGACGUUGCCCGGCAAAACGAAAAUGAUUGCCCAUCUGAAAGAUAAGAGCAAAAUUCGUCACAGGAAACGCUGGAGCCAGGUCAUGUAUAUGUACUACUUGCUUGGACAUCGGCUGAUGGAGUUACCAAUCAGUGUUGAUCGCAAAGAAGUGAUUGCGGAGAAUACUUACUUAUUGACACUUGACGGUGAUAUCGAUUUCCAACCGGCAGCCGUGAAAUUGCUCGUCGACUUGAUGAAAAAGAAUAAAAAUCUUGGUGCAGCUUGCGGUCGUAUUCAUCCCGUUGGUUCAGGUCCUAUGGUAUGGUAUCAGAUGUUCGAGUACGCGAUUGGUCAUUGGCUGCAAAAAGCAACCGAACACAUGAUCGGUUGCGUGCUCUGCAGUCCUGGUUGUUUCUCGCUCUUCCGAGGAAAAGCUCUGAUGGAUGAUAACGUGAUGAAAAAGUACACCACUAGAUCCGAUGAGGCAAGGCAUUACGUUCAGUACGAUCAGGGAGAGGAUCGAUGGCUUUGUACGCUGCUCCUGCAACGUGGCUACAGGGUCGAGUACUCAGCUGCCAGCGACGCUUACACCCACGCGCCUGAAGGAUUCAACGAAUUUUACAAUCAACGUCGUCGAUGGGUACCCUCGACCAUAGCCAAUAUCAUGGACCUUCUGAUGGAUGCGAAGCGAACGAUCAAAAUCAACGACAACAUAUCUCUUCCCUACAUUUCCUAUCAGAUUCUACUCAUGGGCGGCACCAUUUUGGGACCGGGCACGAUUUUCCUCAUGUUGGUGGGCGCGUUCGUGGCAGCCUUCAAGAUCGAUAACUGGACCAGCUUCUACUACAACAUCAUUCCCAUUCUUUUGUUCAUGCUCAUAUGUUUUACGUGUAAGGCAAACAUACAGCUUUUGUGCGCGCAAAUAUUGUCAACAGGAUACGCGAUGAUAAUGAUGGCCGUGAUCGUAGGUACUGCCCUCCAGCUCGGAGAGGACGGUAUCGGAUCACCUUCGGCCAUAUUCUUGAUAUCCUUAUCCAGUUCCUUUUUUAUAGCGGCUUGUUUGCAUCCGCAAGAGUUCUGGUGUAUCGUGCCCGGAAUUAUUUACCUGCUCUCGAUCCCAUCCAUGUAUCUGCUUUUGAUCCUCUAUUCGAUUAUCAAUUUGAACGUCGUCACGUGGGGCACCCGCGAAGUACAAGUGAAAAAGACGAAAAAGGUGUUCGUAGCAGGAAUAUUCAGCGCACUUUACGGCAUGGUGAUGGUCUCUGUCUUCGUUGGGAUCGCGAUAAACGUCGUCGAGGAUGGCACAGCACUAUCUCCGUCGGCUCUAUUUCUAAUGAUGAUGAUUGGUCAACUAGUGAUAGCCGCGUUUAUGCACCCUUCGGAAUACUAUUGCUUUAAAUAUAUUGUUGUAUACAUCAUAACACUACCCUCAAUGUACUUGCUGCUUAUUGUUUACUCAGUCGUUAAUCUGAAUGACAUUACCUGGGGCACGAGGGAGGUGAAGAAAAAAUUAACGGCAAAGGAACUCGAACAAGAGAAGAAGGAGGCCGAAGAGGCGAAACGAAAAGCGAAACACAAAUCCUUGCUAGGAUUCUUCCAAAACGGCGUCGGCGCGAACGACGACGAGGAAGGAUCGAUAGAAAUCUCUUUAGCAGGUCUAUUUAAAUGCAUGUUUUGCACGCACGGCCAAACUUCGGGUGAGAAGGAACAAUUGGUCACGAUCGGCGAAUCAUUGGAUCACCUUGGAAAACGUUUGGAAGUUAUCGAAAGGGCUGUAGAUCCGCAUGGACACGCGAGUAACAAACGGAGGGCUUCUUCGGUGGGUUCGCGAACAGCUGCUACUCUCGACGACAUCGGCGAAGAUCCUGCGGAGGAUCGGGAAUGUCACAGCGAUACUGAAACAGUGACUAGUCAGAACACAGAGGGAAAUCGAGAAGGCAACAAUUUCCCCAGUCGUCCGUUCUGGCUGAGCGACGAGGGAUUGAAGAAAGGUGAAAUUGAUGUGCUGUCGCUCCAAGAAGAACAAUUCUGGAAGGACCUAUUGGAGAAGUAUCUGUAUCCCAUCGACGAAGACAAAGCAGAAAAGGCACGAAUCGCCAAAGAUCUAAAGGACCUACGUGACCAGAGCGUGUUCGCGUUUUUUAUGCUGAAUGCCCUGUUCGUCCUGAUCGUCUUUCUGCUGCAAUUAAACAAAGACUUGUUGCACGUGAAGUGGCCUUUCGGUAUCAAGACGAACAUCACCUAUGACGAUCAAACGCAGGAGGUACGCAUCACAAAAGAAUACCUGCAACUAGAGCCGAUCGGCUUGGUAUUCGUAUUCUUCUUCGCUUUGAUAUUGGUGAUUCAAUUCACCGCGAUGUUGUUCCAUCGGUUCGGCACGUUCGCCCAUAUUUUGGCCAGCACCAGCCUGGAUUGGCACUGUUGCAAGAAGACCAAGGAUUUGUCAGACGAAGCACUGCUGCCGAAAGACGCGGUGGAAAUAGUCAGGGAUCUGCAGAGAUUAGACGGGAUGGAGGGCGAUUACGAAGAAGGCAGCGGCAGCGGACCUGGCAGAAGGAAGACCAUAAGGAACCUUGAAAAGAGCCGGCGAAAAACCCAGGCUAUCAAUACGCUCGAUGUCGCAUUCAGACAACGAUUCUUCAGCAUGUCCGAUGGGAACGGUCUGCCAAGGAACAUGUCAACGAGACGGUCUGCAAGGGCCUUCAAGGCCUUCGAGGGUCGUAGAAACAGCAUCAUGGCGAUGAGGCGAAAGUCGCAGAUGCAAACCCUGGGUGCGAAUAAUCCUUACGGCGUAGCUGGGAAUCCUCUGGGGAUCCAAGGUCGUCCUUCGCGAAGCAGUCAGAUAUCCGUGAAGGAUGUUUUCGAGGGUCACGCCGGCCACACGAACUCCGCCUACGAGCCAGAUGAGAACACUGGGAACAGCCUCAGACUGCAAAAUUUAGGUCAAAGUACGUGGAGAGAUACUAACCCCAACAUCUAACGCGCAACUAUUACAUGAACCUAGAACGUGACCUACCGACAACUUUAUCGAGCCGCGUGCAAGUCGGACGAAGAGAAGCUCACCUUUAAGGCCGUGAAUGCACGGGCGUUUUCCGGCGUUUUGUACGCUGCGUUUUCUUCGUCAUUUGCCACAUGCGAUUAUUCAUUGUAGCGUACGAAACGCGGCGCGCAAGACACCGAGAAAGGUCGCCAGUAAGGAUAAUAGAAUCGUAAACAGUAUUGCCAGGAAAUGAAUGAUUAGAAUGGAAAUCUUUUUGCUCUGUUGCCCGUGUCUCUCGCAAUCGCCGACAAACUGAAAUUGGCGAUUGCGGAGCAAGGUGGAAAAGCUAUUCUUUCUCGCGUUACACAUUUCCUGGCGACACUGAUUGUAGGAUUCCAUCUGUCGCGUAUUUCAGCGCUUCCUAUGACAAUUAUUUACUUUAAUUUGAAAAUGCGUAUGUUGUAAGAAUGGCUAGAACGGUAUGAAAAAGACUGCCCUUGUGUAGAAUAAUUUAUGAUCGAAUGAGUGUUACGGGACUGUCUUUAAACACACAACAAGAAAGCCAACAAGAGAUCCCAGGAUAAAGAAGAAUCGUUAUUUGAACGACUUCGUUAGGCGGCUAUGCUUUUAUAACGCAAUGAAAGCCCAUAAUUCGAGAUGCUUAUAGACAGUCCUGGGUAGGAAACGAUUUUUUUUACUCGUGACUAGAUAUUUAAGAGCAAAUAAACUGACCGGUGAAUAGCAAUAUUUUGUAGGACAACCGCCGUAUGAGAGUCCCCGGUUGAAUAGUAUAACUAUCAUAGGCGAUAAUUUAUCGUAAAUAUCCUUGUUAAUUUGUAUCGUAUUAGCGAGGACACGCUAUCACUUGUACGUGACCAGUUAUCACAGCGACGACGCUUACAUUCCUUCUUGCUCCCCUAAACGUGAUACCGCUGUUAUAUAUUUAAUCGACAGACCUCUUCUUUGUACAUACCGCGCGCGCGUACUUGUAAAGCGAUCUAUGGAAAAAAUUGCAUUGAUUGUAAAUGGAAUAAUGAGAUCGUGCGAUCAAGAACAUUCGCAAGGAAAAUUCA